CAUCAACAACGGAGAAGCCCGUGAAAUGUAUAAACUAGACUUCGUCAAUUGUUCAUAAACCUUCAUAAAUACACACGAAGCUGUUAUAUUUAGACGUUUUCCGCCAUAAUUAUAUCAAAAAGACGUGAAUAUUUAAUAUUUUAGAAGGUUUGGCAUCGUCAUUUUGAACAGGCGCGAGGACAGCUGCUCGGAAGGGUCCUUCAAUCGUCAACAACAGGGCAGCACGUGAAAUAGGUCAGGAUGGGUCGCUCCUCCAAAGACAAGCGGGAUAUUUAUUACCGUCUGGCCAAAGAGGAGGGCUGGAGGGCAAGGAGCGCCUUCAAACUGCUGCAGCUGGAUGAAGAGUUCAACCUGUUCACAGGUGUGAACAGAGCCGUGGAUCUGUGUGCAGCUCCUGGCAGCUGGAGUCAGGUCCUCAGUCGGAAGCUCAGAGGACGGGAGGAAAAGGGCGUAAAGGGUGAGGGAGAAGAGGAGGUGAAGAUCGUUGCAGUGGACCUGCAGGCCAUGGCUCCUCUUCCGGGCGUCACUCAGAUCCAGGGCGACAUCACCAAGGUAUCCACCGCUCAGGAGAUCAUACGACACUUCGAAGGUCAGCCGGCCGACCUGGUGGUGUGUGACGGAGCUCCAGACGUCACCGGGCUCCAUGAUGUGGACGAGUACAUCCAGGCUCAGCUCUUAUUGGCUGCUCUGAACAUCACGACUCACGUCCUGAAACCUGGAGGCACAUUUGUGGCCAAAAUCUUCAGAGGGAAAGACGUGACGCUGCUGUACUCUCAGCUGAAGGUCUUCUUCAGCGGUGUCACCUGUGCCAAGCCUCGCAGCAGCAGGAACUCCAGCAUCGAGGCCUUCGUGGUGUGCCAGAACUACUCUCCUCCUGAGGGUUACGUCCCCAACAUGUCCAACCCUCUGCUGGAUCAUUCCUACGAUGUGGACUUCAACCAGUUAGAGGGUCCAAACCGUGUCAUCGUUCCCUUUCUGGCGUGCGGAGACUUGAGCGCCUUCGACUCGGACAGAACGUACCCUCUGCAGCUGGAAGAAGGUAAACAGUAUCAGUACACCCCACCCACCCAGCCACCCAUACGCCCCCCUUACCAGCAGGCCUGCCACCUCCGCAAAAACAACCUGCUGUCCAGAGAGGACGCUCCUCCAUCCAGCUGUCAGAGCCGAGACGACACAGAGCAGCCUGCGGAGUCCACCUGAUCCCCCCCUACGAGAUUUAUAGAAAUUAAACACACAGACUGUGGACGGUUAUUAUCAAGAACAGACUCAUGCCCCGUUUGAUGACAUAAAGGAGGCGGGGUUUAUGUCGUAUACUGCAGCCAGUCAGCAGGGGGAGCUUCAAAUGUUUUGGCUUCGCUUUGGGAAGCUGUUGUGAUGUCCAUCAUUUUAACCAGUCUUUGAAUUGUCAACAUUUUAUACUAAGAAAUAAAAGCAGGAGAAAAUAAGGACCUUGUGAAUCAA